AAAGCAUCCUAUCGACGAUACCAGAGCUCUCAUUAAAGGUUGCGGUGUACCGGUGUGAUUAGUUUUACCUGCCAAAAUGGGUGACAAGUUAAAACCAUCUGAAAUGGAAAGCUUGGAUUUUGCUAUGGAAGUGUAUGGAGGCAAAGAAAAAAUUAUCGACGCCAAAGAUCUGGGUAUGGUAGCAAGAGCCAUGAACUGCAAUCCUAGUUUAGAAACUUUAGAAAAAUUGGGAGCCACAAAAAAGGCAGGAGAGAAGAAAAUGAAGAUCGAAGAUGUAGUUCCAGUUAUAAUUGAACUGAAGAAAAACAAGAAAGAUGAAGGCUGUUAUGAAGAUUUUGUUGAAUGUCUGAAGUUGUAUGACAAAGCAGACGAUGGACACAUGGGCGCUGGUGAUCUACCGCACAUGUUACUAUCUUUAGCUGAGAAACUUACUGAUGCUGAAGUAGAUGAACUCUUUGAAGACUGCCUAGAUGAGGAAGACGAUGAAGGAAUGAUCUUAUAUGAUCCAUUCCUACGGAGAAUGUGUGAACUAGAUCCACCACUUAAGAAAAAGAAGUAAAAAAUGUUCAAUUUGCUUUACAUUAUUUCAUUGUAUAUUUAUUUUAAAAAACAUAAAACCAUUAAUGGAGUAUCUUGUGACAUUUAUUUU